AAUGAUAUGUUAUGUAGUUUAUAUGGCUAUAGUACUGUGGGGUAAGAUGGGAUACUAUUAGCACCUUAAUUUGCGGAUCGACUUUUGAACAUGUAUACUAACGCGAUUUUAGAGUCGUUUAGCUUCAGUUAUACAAUUCUGAAAAUAUUCUUUGUUUACUACCAAAUGGGAAAAGAGAAAAAAAAAGCUUGUCUCAUUUCCCACACCUUGAUAUAUAUUUUUUUACUCCAUCGUUUUACCUGCACAUAUUUAAAUACGCUUGACGUAAUUAUCAGCACACAUUGUGCAGGUCAUUUUUAUUCGCCCCACGGGGAUAUCUUUUUUUAAGUAAUAAAAAAUUUAAAAUUGUUAGGCUGUAAAGUUAAGGGCUUCAUAUUUAGGUACAUCGAUUGGUAACGUUAUUGCCCUCUGAUCAUUUCCAGAAAAGCAAUUUUAUCUUUACCAAUUAAACUCGCAAAGCGGAAGAACCCGAUGCCGUAUUUAGUGCAUAUGGGUGUCCUGUUACAAUCCGUGUAGUGUAUGCUGCAUACAUUUUAAAGGGUUUGUCAUUGUAGUCGUCUCCAAGUACUUAGCGUCGCACGCUGCUAGUAUAGCUUUACUCAUAGAUACCCCGCCUUGUGUUCAUUGGUUACGCAGCCGAUUACAGUAAACGUGCUUAGUCAGCAGUUGUGUUUCAAGAAGGCCCUAAUUAAACGACGACCAAAAGCCUUAAUUUUCGCAUGUUUGUAUAACCAUAGAGGCGUAGCGGAUUCAGUAAACAAAGUUUAGUUAUUAAUUGAACCGGCCAAACAGUCAAUGUAGUUUAGCAAGAUAAAUUUUUAAGUGAAGGUUAUACUAGAACUAAAGUUUUUGUAUAAGAUGGAACCUCUGGAGGAAAUGGCGGAAAUUCUUCCUAAUGUCAGCGCUUCAUCAAUAGAAAAACAAAAGUUAUCAUGGUGGGCGUUCUGGUCAGUCUUUCUCACAUAUUUUGCCGGCGGAUUUCAAUAUGGGUAUUCCAUUGGCUCCGUGAACGCGGCAGCAGUACCGAUUCAGACUGCCCUGCAAGAUUAUCACAUGAUGCGGCACAACCAAACGAUGACCGAAAAUCAACUUCAAGUGAAAUGGGUGUCAAUCCUGGCUUGUUUUCCAGUUGGUGGAAUUAUCGGUUCUUUCUUUGUGAACCAACUCAGAAAAUUUGAAUAUAGGAAAACCCUGGCGAUUCUGCAUUCCGCAACAGUGUUAGCAAGCAUCUUACUCGCCCUGACAUACGCGGGUAAAGCCUUUGAACUUUUAAUUGUUGGUCGACUAAUCAUCGGAUUUGUAACCGCCACUGCUGGCACAGGCAUUGCGCCACUGUACAUGGUCGAAGUAAGUCCGCGUCAUCUCAGAGGAAUACUUGGUGCUUUGUUUUCGUUAUCAAUAAGCACUGGUAACCUCCUGGCAAACAUUUUCGGACUUGAGCAGUUACUUGGGAACAACUCGCUAUGGCCUGUUCUGCUCUUUUUCACGUGCGUGCCGUCCUUGCUCCUUUUGACGUUCUGCUAUUUCAUGGCACCAGGACCAAGGAGUCUGUACUUUGCCGAACAAAACCAAUCAGCCACUGAAACCUUGUUGAAAAGACUUCGUAAAACUGAUGACGUAAGUGAAGAGUUACAAGACCUACGUGAUGAAUACGCCAAACGUGAUGCGGAAGAACGAGUGACAAUCAAACAGAUUCUAACUUCCCCGAACUUACGAAACCAAGUCUGGGGAACGUCGUUCGUUACAGUUGGCCAUAUGAUAACUGGUAUAAACGCUGUACAAAUAUACAUGGGGCAGCUCUUUGUUCUUUCUGGAGUGGAAUCUUCCCUGAUUCCAUAUUUUACGAUUGCAGCAGCGUUUGUCCUAGCGGCUACAAAUUGUAUUGGGGCGAAGUUGGCAGUGAAAAUAGCAAGUCGAUAUCUUCUGAUUUUCGGCUACCUGGUCGAAGCAAUAUCAUUAGUACUUUUGACCGUUACCGCUACAACACAACACUUGGCAACUUGGAUAUCAUACAUUUCGAUUGUUUCAGCAAUGUGUUUUAAUUUUGGCUUCGCCAUUGGACCUGGUGCAAACACACUGACUUUAGUUUCGGAAAGCUUUCCACAAAGUGCAAGAUCAGCCGCACAAUCUCUUGCAUGUUUUUUGUUCUGGCUUUGCUUCACUUUGGUCAUUGUGGUUUGGCCUUAUCUUCAGGACGCAAUUGGUGGAUAUUCGUAUCUGGUGUUUGCAACACUGGCUUUUUUGUUCGCGGCGCAUGUUUACGUUGCAAUUCCAGUUACCAAGCAUCGAACAUUUUUAGAAAUAGACGAAUCGUACAAAAGUUUGAAGCUCCCUUGUCAUCGUUUAAGGCGAAGAAGUCGCGCUUCAGAACUGACAAAUAUUCCGGUUUAACUGGAUUGUUUUAAACUAGAAAAGGUUCAAUCUCUGUUUAAGCUAACGUGCAUCUUCGAUUUCUUAUGCAAUGAUCUUUCAUAUAGUACGGUGGAGGUAGACGGGACACCACCUCUGGAACAUAAUAUCAUAAUAUCCUGACCGUGUUUAAAACCAUUAAAACAGUCUAUGGGAGACGCGAGGACACGGUUUUGUAAUUCUUGUUUUUUGUUUACUUCCAAAUGGGACGGGAAAAUAGAAUAAAAAUCUGUCUCAUCUUCCCCCACCCCACCCUACUAUAUUAUAUUUAUCAGCAUACAGUGAUUUGUCAAACAGAUAGGCCUAUACCUCUUUCAUUGAAAUAAACGGUAUUAAAUUUAAUAA